GUUAUAGCUGGCAGCAUGCAUCACAAGUUGUCCUUGCUGUUAAUGUCGUAGGUUACGUUACGUAUGUCUUUAUAAGACAGCUUUAGUAGAAAUUAUAUAGGCAUUAUAGCAACCUGCAUCGUUAUUCUACAAGACGAAACCCUCUCGAGUUCUUCUGUAUUGAUUUAUACAGGGUUGUAAAGGGUUAGCUGAGACCUAGCAGUUAGCUAAUGUGACAUUUCACCAAAGUGUGCUGGAAAAUCCUCAGAUGACACAGACUCUCCAUUGUAUUGUUGCAGUGUUACAGUAAGCCCUUAACUCAGCAUGCACCCUGACCUGUCGCCUCACCUGCACACGGAUGAGUGUAAUGAGCUAAUAACUCAUUUGAGGCAGUGCCACACAGAGCAUAAUGUCAUGAGGUUCUUUGGCACAUGUAAUGAUAUGGACCGUGCAAUGCGCCAAUGCCUGAAAAAAGAGAGACUGGAAAAACGGGAGCGGAGCAAGCAACAUGCGCUUGAGAUGAAAAAGAGGCUGAAAGAAGGCCCCAAGGAGCAGAUCUGAAAGACGUUUCACUGUAACCUUGCCAGUGGCAGUGCAAGUUUAAAGUAUUCUGGUUUUGGGACACUGAAACAAGCACAGUGCUGUGUAACAUGCCUCUCUUGCUGUUUUUGGGUCAAAAAACUGGAAGGGUUGUAACAGCUGUCAUUUUGUGUGGCUUAUAUUAGCACUGACAGAUCUUCAUAGUAUGUUAUAAUGUAAAUUAACUAGUGUAAGACACUGUUAAUAUACUACUGUCAGUAGUAUAUUAACAGUGUCUGUCAAUAUGAAAUAUUGACAUACACUUGACUUUCUGUCAGCAGAACUUUAACAGAAAAAUUGCAGCAUCUAGUACUUUGGCUUAAAAAUUGCUGUCAGGGAUCAUCAUUUAUUUCCCCUCAAUUCGCAGUACGCUGCUGCUCCAUCAAAGAGAUAAGCUGGUAACAGAACCCUUUCAUCUGACCGUUGUUAGUUGGCAGGACACCUCAGGAAUAUGCUGGUACCUGGUUUAUUCAUUAAAACAAUGAGUCCAUUUCAGAGAUGUGUGUGAAAAAGACCUAAAACAGGAUGACCAGAGGCUGGAUUACUCUCAGUGUGACAUUCACCCAUUGUUGUUUGAAAGUUUAUUUGAAUCAGGAAUCAUAUUGAUUCGUGACAAGUUUAAUUUCUUUCAAAUAAAGUGUGAUUACAAAUUAAUAAUUUUAACAGUCUGUUCAU